AUGCAGCAGCCCUUAAAUCCUCAGCAACCUCAGGUUGUUUAUGCUUAUCCUGCUCCUCAAUACUUUGUCCCUGCUCCAAAUCCAUAUACACCAAACGAACAGCAACCACAAGCAAUUUAUCUCAUCCCAGCACCAAUAGAUCCACAAACUCAGCAAGUUUAUGCUUACCAACCUCAGCCAACUACUAAUGUUCUUCAACCACAAGCCGAUAUCGAGCCUUUACCAGUCGAAACUGAUGUUCAACAACAACGAGUCAUUGAACAUAACGAGCGUUGCAUAGAUAUCUUGUUAGGUUUAGUUGCAGUAUUCUUCCCAUUGAUUGGACUGAUCUGCGCUUGCUUCAUUUGGAGCCAAAAUAAGAAGAGAGGAAAAAUAUUACUUUCUUGCGCUAUCGCUUCUAUUGCUUUCAGUCUAUUCAUUUGUAUUGCUGCUUCUAUUUUCUCAUAUUAA